AGAUGGCGUUUUAACAGAGUGUAAAUCGUAAGUUCAAAAUGGCGAACAUGAGCGUUGCAGGAAAAAAUCCUUUUGAAAACACCUUAAAGUCUGUAGAAAUUGAUGGUGUACAGUACAAUUAUUAUGACAUUUCUAAUAUAGAUGAAAAACGAUACGAGCGCCUUCCCUAUUCUAUUCGCGUGUUGUUAGAAUCAGCUGUUCGAAACUGUGAUAAUUACCAAAUUCUAGAAAAAGAUGUUGAAAAAAUACUUGAUUGGGAAAAAAAUAAGGGUGGUAGCGCUGAAAUUCCUUUUAAACCAGCUCGUGUCAUAUUACAAGAUUUCACUGGAGUGCCAGCUGUAGUCGAUUUUGCAGCCAUGAGAGACGCAGUCAAACGAUUAGGUGGAAAUCCUCAAAAAAUAAACCCUGUUUGUCCUGCUGAUCUAGUAAUUGAUCAUUCGGUCCAAGUUGAUGUAUCUAGAAGCAAUACAAUCCCAGGCGUUGGGUCUAAACAGUCAUGCUCGGCAAAUGUUUCAAAAACAAGUGCUCGUUCUGUGUCUUGCGCACUAUGUACUGAUGCCAAAUUUCCUGCUUUCGAAGUUGAAUGCCCGUUCCAUCGCUUACGAACAAAUAGUGCUGACGCUCUGGAAAAGAAUCAAGAACUGGAGUUUGAACGUAACAAGGAAAGAUUUAGGUUUUUGAAAUGGGGAUCAAAGGCUUUGAAAAAUAUGCUAAUCGUACCACCUGGAUCAGGCAUUGUGCAUCAAGUGAACUUGGAAUAUCUAGGAAGAGUUGUCUUUAAUAAUGAUAACACUUUAUACCCUGAUAGCUUGGUUGGAACUGACAGUCACACGACGAUGAUAAAUGGACUUGGUGUCGUUGGCUGGGGUGUCGGUGGUAUUGAAGCUGAAGCUGUAAUGUUAGGUCAAACUAUUUCAAUGGUGCUUCCUGAUGUUGUUGGAUAUAAAAUUACAGGCGAAUUAUCCGAUUUAGCAACUUCAACCGAUCUUGUGCUAACUAUUACAAAGCAUUUAAGAAAAGUAGGAGUUGUCGGAAAAUUUGUUGAAUUCUUUGGCCCUGGAGUUUGCAAGUUAAGUAUUGCUGAUCGUGCAACGAUUUCCAAUAUGUGUCCGGAAUAUGGAGCAACUAUUGGUUACUUUGCAGUAGAUGAAGCAACCAUAAAGUAUUUAGAAAAAACGGGUAGAGACGAAAAAGAUAUUGAUAGAGUUGAAAAGUACUUAAAGGCCGCAAAUAUGUUUAGAGAUUUUUCCAAUUCUGCACUUGACCCUGUAUACUCAGAAAUUGUCGAAUUAGAUUUAAGUACUGUUGUACCUUGCUGCUCUGGUCCUAAAAGACCCCAUGACAGAGUGUCAGUUUCAGAAAUGAAAGAAGACUUUAAGAGUUGUCUUAACAAUAAAGUUGGUUUUAAAGGUUUUGCUAUCUCGCCUGAAAAGCAAAACAACAGUAUUGAAUUUAAAUUUAAUGAUAAAAAAUAUUCAAUUGGACAUGGUUCAGUAGUCAUUGCUGCUAUAACUAGCUGUACAAACACGAGUAAUCCCUCUGUCAUGCUUGGUGCAGGAUUAUUGGCUAAAAAUGCUGUUGAAGCUGGCUUGGAAGUAAAACCUUUUAUAAAAACAAGUCUAUCUCCCGGCUCUGGAGUAGUUACGUAUUACUUGAAAAAAAGUGGAGUAGAUAAGUAUCUUGAAGCUCUUGGCUUUAGCAUCGUCGGAUACGGCUGCAUGACCUGCAUAGGAAACAGUGGUCCAUUAGAUAGCGGAGUAGCGGAUGCUAUUGAAAGUGGAGACUUAGUAGCUUGUGGUGUAUUAUCUGGCAACAGAAAUUUCGAAGGCCGCAUUCAUCCUCUCACCAGAGCUAACUAUCUAGCUUCCCCUCCUCUUGUUAUUGCCUACGCUCUGGCCUCUACCGUAUCAAUAGAUUUUGAAACUGAACCAAUAGGUAUUGGAAAGGGUGGAAAAGAAGUGUAUUUGCGUGAUAUCUGGCCAUCAAGGGAACAAAUUCGAAAAGUUGAGACUGAGUUCGUCGUGCCUGCUAUGUUCAGGGAUGUAUAUUCUCACGUAACUUCUGGUAAUAAGGCAUGGAAUUCUCUAGAUACUCCAUGUCAUGAGUUAUACCCCUGGGAUGAGCGUUCAACCUACAUUAAGAAUCCACCUUUCUUUGAAAAUAUGACGAAGGAACUUUCUCCAACUCCUUGCAUUAAUGAUGCCUAUGUACUUUUGAAUUUUGGGGAUUCUGUCACAACCGAUCAUAUUUCUCCUGCAGGAAGCAUAGCACGUAAUUCCCCUGCUGCUCGUUACUUAGCAGACAGAGGUUUGGUUCCACGAGAAUUCAAUUCGUAUGGAAGCAGAAGAGGAAAUGAUGCUGUUAUGGCUCGAGGAACAUUUGCAAAUAUUCGUCUAUUGAAUAAGUUCAUUGGAAAAGCAGGUCCUAAGACAAUUCAUUUGCCAUCGGGUGAAACCAUGGAUAUAUUUGAUGCUGCACAACGAUAUAUGAAUGCCAACGAUCCUGUGAUAAUUUUAGCAGGUAAAGAAUAUGGUACAGGCUCAUCUAGAGAUUGGGCGGCAAAAGGUCCUUACUUGCUGGGAAUAAAAGCAGUUAUAGCUGAAAGUUACGAGAGAAUUCACCGAAGCAAUUUAGUAGGCAUGGGUAUAAUGCCUCUUCAAUAUUUACCUGGUGAAAAUGCUGAUAGUUUAGGAUUAACGGGAAAAGAGCAAUAUACCAUCGAAAUUCCUAGUGAUUUACACACUAUGCACAAACUCAACGUCAAGAUGAACAAUGGAAAAUCUUUCCAAGUCGUUGCUAGAUUCGAUACCGACGUUGAAUUGGACUACUAUAGGCAUGGCGGAAUCUUAAAUUUCAUGAUUCGAAAAAUGUUGGACUAA